AUGCAUGACCUGCUGCGAUCGCUCGGCUAUUUCCUAUCCAGAGAUGAGAGCUUGUCCAUUAGUGACGUGCAAAACGAGUGGAGAAGUGCUGCCGCCCCGAUGAAGCUGCGUCGGUUGUUGAUUGUGGCCACUAGAACCAUGGACAUCCCGCAUCUCGUCAGUUUGACCAAGCAACAUGAGCCAGUGAGGACAUUGUUGGUGCUGAGAAAAAGUGGAUAUGCGGAGGAUAUUGAUGAGUACUUGUUGAACUUUGUGCGACUUAGAGUCCUUCAUCUUAUGCGCAUAAAUAUCGAGAUCUUACAACACUACAUCGGAAAUUUGAUACACUUGAGAUACUUGAGUGUGGGUGGUAGCGAUAUAACAGAGCUUCCAGAAAGCAUAUGCAAUCUGACGAAUUUGCAAUUUUUGAUCCUCAAUGGAUGUUUCAAGUUGAGAUAUAUCCCCCAGGGUAUAGAUAGGCUAGUCAAUCUAAGGACACUCGAUUGUAGAGAUACACAGUUGGAGAGCUUCCCAUAUGGAAUAGGAAGGUUGAAGUACCUCAAUGAACUCCGAGGAUUCGUGGUGAACACGGCUACUGGUACAUGCCCAUUGGAAGCGUUAGGCGGCCUCCGGGAGCUCAGAUACCUUUCCAUUUUCAAGUUGGAGAGGGCGUGCAUGGAAGCUGAACCAAGAAGUGAUACAAGCGUCUUAAAGGGUAACCAAAAACUGAAACAUCUACAUUUACAUUGCUCAUAUACACCGACAUCCGAUGGUCACACGGAGGAAGAGAUUGAAAGAAUGGAGAAGGUGUUGGAUGUGGCACUUCAUCCACCAUCAUCUGUUGUUUGGCUCAGGUUACAGAAUUUCUUCGGCCUCCGGUACCCCAGCUGGAUGGCGUCUGCAAGCAUCAGUUGGCUUCUUCCAAACAUAAGCCACUUGGAACUAACUAACUGCGAUCAUUGGCCACUGCUUCCGCCGCUAGGAAAGCUCCCCAGUUUGGAGUUUCUUUUCGUAGUAGGUGCACGUGCAGUGACCACCAUCGGACCGGAAUUUUUUGGGUGUGAAGCUGCUGCUACUGGUCAUGAACGGGAACGGAAUUCAAAGCGCCCUUCUUCUUCUUCUUCUUCUUCUUCUCCUCCUCCUUUGUUGUUUCCGAAACUAAGGCAGCUGCAACUCUGGGAUAUGACUAACAUGGAAGUGUGGGAUUGGGUAGCGGAGGGUUUUGCUAUGCGUCGCCUCGACGAAUUGGUCCUCCAUAAUUGUCCCAAGUUGAAGUCUCUACCGGAAGGCCUGAUCCGACAGGCAACCUGCUUAACCACAUUGGAUCUGAGGGAUGUGUGUGCUCUCAAGUCCAUCAGAGGUUUCCCUUCUGUGAAACAACUGAGGAUAAGUGGUGAAUCAGAUCUGGAGAUUGUUGCUGAUCUCCCUGCACUGGAGCUCUUGAAGUUGGGCGGGUUUUUGCUUCCAUACAAACAUUUACCAGAGUGGUUGACGGCUUGCCCUGCAAGCUUCACCACGCUCCAGAUACUGAAAGUCUACGGAACCACCCGACUCCUCUGCAGAUGCCUCCAAAAUGGCGCAGACUGGCCCAUGAUCAAACACUUUCCAAUUUUUUUCAUCAAAGAUGCUGGAGGCAAUUAUAUAAACUACAUCAAGCAUUCCUGCACCUUCGACACAAACCUAGUCGAUGAUGAUGCUCCUUUUGCUGCUGCUGCUGAAGAAGAAGACAUCAAUGAGCUUUGA